AUUUUUUUUUCUCUUAGCUGCUGCAGAAAGGAGGAGGAGGAGGGGGAGAGAGAGAGACUCUUAACAGUGGAUGUUAUCUGUGUUCUCGUGUGUUCGUCCCAUCAAGUCUUCAGGGACUUCAGGAUCUUUGUUGAAGUCGAAUUAUCCGAAAUGUUGAAUUAGCAAUAAAGGAGUAGGACGUUAAGCAUCUUUGAAUUAAGAGCACUUCGCCUGUGUGAGACCGAGUGUAGGCAGGUUAUGUCACGACUGAGAUUUUCUGUCUGAGGCAAUCGGUUCCAUCAGUUUCAUAAACAUGUCUGUAGUUGAAUCAUUCCAGGAGGUUGGAGAACCAAAGACAGACCACCUCCAGGGCGUAACGCAACCCCCUCGCACACUGGAUCUCUGUGCUCCACACCUGUCCUUCACUGAUGAAGCUGUGUCUUUGCUCACCACCAACAACCUCCUGGCCAGGUCUCUACUGGGCGCCAGGCAGAUCAAACAUAAAGGCACUAACUCCAUGAGCCGGAGAAAACGAGAGUUCAUCCCGGAUGAGAAGAAAGACAACAGCUACUGGGACAAGCGCAAAAAGAACAACGAGGCGGCCAAGAGAUCACGGGAGAAACGUCGGGUCAAUGACAUGGUCCUUGAGCAGCGAGUCAUUGCCCUGCUGGAAGAGAAUGCCAGACUGAAGGCUGAACUCUUAGCUUUAAAGUUCAGAUUCGGUCUCAUAAAGGACCCCUCGGAGGCACCAUCUGUCCAGAAUAACCCCCAGCCUCUCCGCUGCAUUACUGGCAUCCAACCAGCUUUCCUGCCCAGACCUGACAAUGGCUAUGUCAUGCAGCCUGUGGACAAUAAGAGUCUUCCACCCAGGAAUCAGCAGUUCAGAGCUGAACUUGGGGUGGAACAAGAGUCCUGCAUGGUGUCUGAAGACUCUGGGAUUUCUACACCUGGAAGCUCCAACGUCGGAAGUCCUGUCUUCUUUGAUGACCACUUGAGCGACCAGGACAAAUUUUCUCCUAAUCACGAGGACCACUUUGAAAGCCAACUGUCCUCCAACAGCGAUGCAGAGGUGGACAUUGGGAGAAUGUAUCCCAGUGAGAACAUGAAGCCAACAAGGUCCCUCGAGCUAACAGAGAUGGUCAAGAGCUUGCCCCACAAACUGCGGUUUAAGAUUGGAGCUGGAGUAGAAGAAAGUGCCGAGGUCGAUGUGAAGGUAAAGGUGGUCCAGAUGGCGAUGGGCAACUUUGGCCGGGGCUCUCCUGAGCAACCAGUUGGCCAAAUCAGGGAGCAACAGCAUGGAUGCUACACUAACACUUUGAUGCCCCAGGCAGACAGAGGAGUUAGCGCUGGUUUGGUACCACCUGCCUGGAGAGCUCACACUGGACAUUUACCAGAUGAGAGCAAAAGUGGUCUGAACUAUAGAUGUAUGCAGGAUUCUGUGCACCUCAGCGCCCAGGGUGCUCCAGGAUAUCCAAAAGACACUCUGAAGGAGGACUCCACCUACAAAUCAGAAAACAAUGUCCUUAAGAAUCAGCUUGCUUCCCUCUCAGCCGAGGUGGCACAGCUGAAGAAGAUGUUUUCUCAGCAAAUGUAUUCCAAUCUCAAUUAAGAAGAGGUGCCUGUUGAGACUUGUACAUUUAUUUUGAUUUGCUUCUCAUUUAAGUAGUUAAGUUAUUUGCAAGUACCUGAGUCUGUGCAAAUAUUUAUUGUUGGUGUUCUAAGUGGACUUAAGAUGCGUGUAAAUAUAUUUUUACUUUAUUUUCUAAUCAAUCACUGUCGUUGUAAUAAACUCUUUUAAAACCA